CUUCCUCAACAUUAUACACAUACACACAAACACACACACACACACAUCCUUCAUCACUUCGAUCAUGUGGAAACUCAAAAUCGGUGAAGGAAACGAUGAGAAUUUAUUUAGCACCAACAACUUUGUCGGCAGACAGAUAUGGGAGUUCGAUCCAACGGCCGGAACUGAAGAAGAACGAUCACGAGUCGAAGACGCUAGAGAACAGUUCCUCGUUAAUAAGAAGAAGCUCGGCAUCCAUUGUUGCAGCGAUUUGCUCAUGCGUAUGCAGCUUAUUAAGGAAAGUGGAAUCGAUCUUAGCGAGCCAGCGGUGAGACUUGGAGAAGACGAAGAGGUGAACUAUGAGGCGGUGACGACAGCAGUUCGAAAAGCGGUCCGAUUGAACCGGGCGAUUCAAGCUUGGGAUGGUCAUUGGCCGGCUGAAAACGCUGGCCCUCUCUUCUUCACCCCUCCCCUUAUAUUUGGCCUUUAUAUAAGUGGCACAAUGGACACGAUCUUGACAAAACAUCACAAGAAAGAGAUGAUACGUUACAUGUACAACCAUCAAAAUGAAGAUGGAGGAUGGGGAUUCUAUAUAUCAGGGAAGAGCACAAUGAUGGGUAGUGCUUUAAACUAUAUCGCCUUAAGAAUUCUUGGAGAAGGUCUUCCUACCGACGAUGAUGAUUAUAGUGCUAUUGCUCGAGGCCGUAAAUGGGUGCUCGACCACGGUGGUGCUACCUCCAUUCCUUCCUGGGGCAAAGUUUUUAUUGCGGCUCUCGGAGUGUAUGAAUGGGAAGGUUGCAACCCUCUUCCUCCCGAAUUCUGGCUUUUUCCUAAUUUCUUGCCUUAUCAUCCAGCAAAAAUGUGGUGUUACUGUCGUGAAACAUAUAUGCCAAUGUCACAUUUAUAUGGUAAAGCCUUCCAUGGCCCUAUUACAGAUCUCGUCUUAUCUAUAAGACGAGAAAUCUAUCCCAUCCCCUAUCACCAGAUUGAUUGGAACAAACAACGCCAUAAUUGUUGCAAGGAGGAUUUGUUCUACCCUCAUUCCUUCAUACAAGAUCUUCUAUGGGACGGUCUUCACUACUUUAGCGAACCGCUUAUGAAAAAAUGGCCGUUCUGUAAGCUCAGAGAGAAGGGUCUCAAGCGAGUCGUUGAUCUAAUGCGCUAUGGAGCCGAGGAAAGCCGUUUCAUAUGUCUUGGUUGUGUUGACAAGGCUUUGCAACUUAUAUCAUUUUAUGCGGAGGAUCCAGAUGGGGUUGAAUUCAAACGACACAUCGCAAGAGUUCCUGAUUUCUUAUGGCUGGCGGAGGAUGGUAUGAAGAUGCAAAGUUUUGGUAGUCAGUUGUGGGAUUGCACUCUUGCUACUCAAGCGAUUAUUGCAAGUAAUAUGGUCGAAGAAUACGGAGAUUCGCUCAAGAAAGCUCAUUUCUACUUGAAAGAAUCACAGAUUAAAGACAACCCAGAAGGAGAUUAUGCUGAAAUUUGUCGCCAAUUUACCAAAGGGGCUUGGACUUUCUCUGAUCAAGAUCAUGGUUGGGUCGUCUCAGAUUGCACAGCUGAAGCUUUGAAGUGUCUCUUGGCAUUGUCUCAAAUGCCGGAAGAAAUCGCUGGAGAAAAGGCGGACAACGAGCGAUUAUACGAUGCUGUUAACGUCCUCCUCUACUUACAAAAUCCCGACAGCGGUGGUUUUGCAAUCUGGGAGGCACCUGUUCCGAAACCAUAUUUAGAGAAAUUGAAUCCUUCAGAACUUUUUGCAGACAUUGUGGUCGAGAGAGAGCACGUUGAAUGUACCGGUUCGAUAAUCCAGGCACUGACAAUGUUCAAACGUCUGCAUCCUGGGCAUCGCGAGAAGGAAAUAGAAGUUGCUGUCGAGAAAGGGAUACGAUAUCUGGAAAAAAAGCAAUGGGAGGACGGUUCUUGGUAUGGUUAUUGGGGUAUUUGCUUCAUUUAUGGCACAUAUUUUGUGCUGCAAGGAUUGGUAGCAUGUGGGAAGACAUACGAAAACAGCGAAACUGUUCGUAAAGGUGUCAAGUUUUUUCUUUCGACACAAAACGCUGAAGGUGGAUGGGGAGAGAGCUUUGAAUCAUGCCCAAAAGAGAAAUUCAUACCGUUAGAGGGAAACCGAACGAAUUUUGUCCAAACAGCAUGGGCAAUGCUUGGUCUUUUAUACGCUGGACAGCUCGAAAGGGAUCCAACACCUUUACAUAAAGCAGCAAAAUUGCUAAUUAACGGGCAGUUGGAUAACGGAGAUUUUCCACAGCAGGAUAUCACUGGAGCAUACAUGAAAAACUGCAUGCUACAUUAUGCCGAGUAUAGGAACAUCUUUCCACUACGAGCACUGGGAGAAUAUCGUACACGUGCUUGGUUGUCCAAAUGAGAUCUCUAAAUUCCAUCGAUAAGUCGAUCUGGUUCAUGUUAUUGUCAUAAACUCUUAUUUUUUCACAAAUCUACAAGUGACAAAAAUGAGACACCUUCAAAGAAUGAACAUUUAUUAAAUGGUAUGAUUUUGGAAUAAGUAGUACACGAAUAACAACGUGUAUUUACCAUGGAGAUCUAUGUUUUUGAACAUGUCAUGUUGUAGUGUGUGUUAGG